UCAAUGAACAAGUCUGAUACUAUUCACAAUUAGGAAAAUAUUGAUCCAAACAUCAUUCGUAACUUAUCUUCAUAACAAAAGAAGAUUCCUAGAAGUUCAGGAUAAAAAACACCAUGGAGUGCUAAGUAUUAUUCAAUUAUUAUUUUUUAAAGUACUGGAGAAAUAAGUCAUUCUACCAAUGAUGAUAUAGAAAUAUCAUGUUUUUAAGUAGGACCAGUCAAAACUACUCAAUUAUCACCUAAUUAAGCUAUCGUAUGUUAAUCAAGAUUAGAGUAAUAUUUGACUUCGAAUAAUGUUCCUGAUAUACUUUCCUAUUUAGAUGAAUUUGAAGAUCUAGAUUGGGUAAAAUCUAAUUAUAUUACUCAUAUUAUUGAGAUGAUAGUAAAAUAAGAGAAGGAAUAUUUGAAAUAAAGGAUUGUUGGAUUAACAGCUAUAUUAACAAGUAAGAAUUAUCUACUCACACGAUAAAUUAUUAAGAUGAUAUUUAGUGUAUCAUCUAGAAUUGGAGCAUAAGAAGGCUAUUAUGCUUUAUAUGAAAUAGAUAAUUUAUUAGAAUAAAUGAUCUAGAAAGAAGAAUUAUAAUAAUAUCAUUAAAUAUAAUAUUUUCCAUUAAUAUUAUAUUGCUAUGCUCACUAAUUAUUAUAUUGGGGUUUAGUUGCAGAAUGUUGGGAUUUAUUGAAAUUUAAGUUAAAUAAAGAGAUUAAUGAAUCAAUCAAAGAUGAAUUUGAGAAAACUGCACAAAAGAUUUGUGAUAUGCUUUUAAGAUAAUUAAUUGAAUUAAGCAAUUCAAAUAAUCAAUGGAUGAAGGUAUUCAAUGAAGUAUUGAAUGAAGGUGUAAUCAAUUUACAUCCAUCUGAUAUCUUUUUCAAUAAAUUAAUUGAUUAUGCUUUUAGAAAACAAUAAGUCACAAUGGCUGAAUUAUUAUUUACUUUUAUGAGAGACAAUGCUAAAAUUCAACCAACAAUUGUUACAAUUAAUACAAUGAUUGAUUAAUAUUUCAAGAAUAAUCAGAAAGACAAAGCUUGGAAAGCAUUUGAGAAUCUUAAAAUAUCAUCUACAAAACCUGAUAAUUUCACUUAUACUACAUUAAUAAAUGGAUUAAAGAAUUCUGAUAAUAUGGAUCUUAGAUUAGCAUUUCAAUUAUUUGAUGAGUAUAAAUAAUUCAAUUAACCUGAUCAAAUCAUCUAUAAUUGUUUAUUAGAUGCUUGUAUUAAUGCUGGUGAUUUAAAUAGAGGAUUUCUAUUAUUAAAUGAGAUGAAAUAAUCAUAAUCUAUUUAAUUAGAUGAAAUUACUUAUAAUACAUUAAUAAAAGGAUGUGGAAGAAAGAAGAGAUUAAAUGAAGCUAUUAAUUUAUUUGAAGAAAUGAAAUAAAUAGGUAUCAAACCAAAUAGAAUAAGUUUUAAUUCAUUACUUGAUUCUUGUGUUAAAUGUAAUAAAAUGAAUAUUGCUUGGAGAUAUUUUGAAGAAAUGAGAAAAUAAUAUGGUAUUUUUCCAGACAAUUUUACUUAUAGUAUUUUAGUUAAUGGAAUUAAGACUAAUCAUUCAAAUAGAGAUGAAUUACUAAGAGCAAUAUCCUUAUUAGAAUAAAUAUAAGAAACUGGUCAAUUUAAACCAGAUGAGAUUCUAUAUAAUUCAUUAAUUGAUGCUUGUGUUAAAUUUAAUGAAAUUUAAAAAGGAAUGUAAUUAUUCAAGGAAAUGAAGAAUAAAUAAAUAGAACCAUCAUCUGUUACAUAUGGUAUUCUAAUUAAAGCUUAUGGUAAAAUGAAUGAUUUGAAUGGAGCUUUUAGAAUGUUUGAAGAGAUGAAAUAAAAGAAAAUACCAAUUAAUGAUGUUACUUAUGGAUGUUUAGUAGAUGCUUGUGUUAGAAAUGAUAGAUUAGAUUAAGCACUUUAAUUUAUUGAAUAAAUGAAAUCAUAAAAUCUACCAAUUAAUACUGUUCUAUAUACAACUAUUAUAAAAGGAUUUUGUAAGUUGAAUUAAACAGAAGAGGCAAUGAAAUAUUUCAAUUUAAUGAAAUAAAAUUAAAGGACAUAUCCAAAUCUUAUAACUUAUAAUUCACUUCUAGAUGGAUUAGUAAAAAAUGGAUUAAUGAAUUAAGCAGAUAAAUUAUUCUAAGAAUUAGUAGAAUCAACAAUCAAACCAGAUCUAAUUACAUUCAGUACUUUAUUAAAAGGACAUUGUAGAAGAGGUAAUAUGAAGAGAUUAAAUGAAACUGUAUAAACUAUGUUAGUCUAUCAGAUCAAUCCUGAUGAAUCAUUAUUACAAUUAAUUCUAGAAUCUUGUUUAAAUUAAUAAUAGUAUCAUAAUGGUGUUUAAAUAUAUGAUUAAUUCUAACAUCAAAUACCUUAAUCAACUUAAUUAUUAUUGAUCAUCAUUAGAUUACAUAGUUAAGAUAAGUAAUUAUCAUCAGCAUUACCAUUAUUAAAUAGACUCUAUUAAUUGUUGGAUGAAAGUAGAAUACAACAUCAAUAAUUAGAAUCAACUAUUAAUUCCUUAUUAAUUAAUCCACUUGAUGAAUAGACUNCCAGAUAAUUUUACUUAUAGUAUUUUAGUUAAUGGAAUUAAGACUAAUCAUUCAAAUAGAGAUGAAUUACUAAGAGCAAUAUCCUUAUUAGAAUAAAUAUAAGAAACUGGUCAAUUUAAACCAGAUGAGAUUCUAUAUAAUUCAUUAAUUGAUGCUUGUGUUAAAUUUAAUGAAAUUUAAAAAGGAAUGUAAUUAUUCAAGGAAAUGAAGAAUAAAUAAAUAGAACCAUCAUCUGUUACAUAUGGUAUUCUAAUUAAAGCUUAUGGUAAAAUGAAUGAUUUGAAUGGAGCUUUUAGAAUGUUUGAAGAGAUGAAAUAAAAGAAGAUACCAAUUAAUGAUGUUACUUAUGGAUGUUUAGUUGAUGCUUGUGUAAGAAAUGAUAGAUUAGAUUAAGCACUUUAAUUCAUUGAAUAAAUGAAAUCAUAAAAUCUACCAAUUAACACUGUUCUAUAUACAACUAUUAUAAAAGGAUUUUGUAAGUUGAAUUAAACAGAAGAGGCAAUGAAAUAUUUCAAUUUAAUGAAAUAAAAUUAAAGGACAUAUCCAAAUCUUAUAACUUAUAAUUCACUUCUAGAUGGAUUAGUAAAAAAUGGAUUAAUGAAUUAAGCAGAUAAAUUAUUCUAAGAAUUAGUAGAAUCAACAAUCAAACCAGAUCUAAUUACAUUCAGUACUUUAUUAAAAGGACAUUGUAGAAGAGGUAAUAUGAAGAGAUUAAAUGAAACUGUAUAAACUAUGUUAGUCUAUCAGAUCAAUCCUGAUGAAUCAUUAUUACAAUUAAUUCUAGAAUCUUGUUUAAAUUAAUAAUAGUAUCAUAAUGGUGUUUAAAUAUAUGAUUAAUUCUAACAUCAAAUACCUUAAUCAACUUAAUUAUUAUUGAUCAUCAUUAGAUUACAUAGUUAAGAUAAGUAAUUAUCAUCAGCAUUACCAUUAUUAAAUAGACUCUAUUAAUUGUUGGAUGAAAGUAGAAUACAACAUCAAUAAUUAGAAUCAACUAUUAAUUCCUUAUUAAUUAAUCCACUUGAUGAAUAGACUUAUCCAAUAAUCACUAAAAUCAUCAUCUAAGCAUUAAAAUCAGAUAUCAAUGUGAAUAAUCUAGAAAAUCUAGUAUCUAUAGACAACUCAGAAUUAAUGCUCUUAUUAUAGAAUACCAAUUAAUUACCAUGUACUAAAUUAUCAUAAAUCCUCAAUUCAUUGUCUAAUUAAGAUUAGUAAUUAUGUAGAACAUACAUUUCAAAGAAUAAUAAGAAUGACUUGAAAGAACCUUUGAAUGAGUAAUUUGGUUAAGUAUUUUUAUCAUGUAACAGUAACAACAACUAUCAAAACAAGAAAACUAAACCAUAAGAGAGAUCAUCCCCAUUUAAUAAUGAAAAUAAGGAGAAUGUUUAUCAUCCUAAAAAACAAUAUAACAAUUAUGCCAAAAAUGACUUGAAUGAAUACUUGAAUAACAAGUCAUAUACCAAGAGAAGAUGA